UUUCUUCCUUGUGUGUGCCUGUUUGUAUGUGUUUUCUGUGUGGGUCGUAGGUGCCUAUGGAGGCCAGAGGUCAAUGUUGGAGUGUCUUCUUCCAGCCUAUUUUUUUGAGGCAGGAUCUCUCACUGAAAGUUCAGCUCACCCAUUAAGUUAGACUGGCUCCCAGGAAUCCACCUGUCUACACCUGCUCAGUGCUGGGAUUACGACAUUUGGUCUCUAACCCAGCUUUUGGGUGCUGGAGGUCAACUUCAGGAGGUCCCCGACAAGUACUUUACCAACUGAGCCAUCCUCUCCCACAAGCAUACGUCACUGUGGCCUCUCAUACACACCCGCUCAACUACCUUCCCUCGCCUACCUUGCUGGUCUUCCCUUUCUAUCCCAGUGAUCUCCCUUUUGUUUUGGGGUGCGUGUGCAUGUGUGUGUGCGUUUGUGCGAAACUCUAGAUUCUGCAUAUAAGAGGAAAUGUACGCUAUUUUUUUCAUUCUCCCUUUCUUUACAUCCAAAUGACAUACUUUCUCUUCCUCCUUUCUUGGGGCAUUGGUUUUUGAGGCAGGGUGUCAUGUGGUCAGGCUGGCCUCAAACUCAUGCUGUAGCUGGGCAUGGGCUUGAACUUUUUUUUUUUUAAAAAAAGAUUUAUUAUUUAUGUAGACACCAAUGUUGGGGUAGAAGUCUCGGCCCGCAUCCAGACAGAACACACCAAACCAACACGGUUCUCCACGUGGAGAGGUUUAAUGAGAGAAGAGUAGAAGGGGGGAUAAGUAAAGGCCAGCCAUGAGCACGUGGUGGGAAGUGGGGGAUGGGGAGAGAAGGGACCAAGGGGAGAGGGCAAGAAAGCAGAGAAGAGAGAGGAAGAGCAAGAGAGAGCAAGAGAGAAUCAGGAGGGGGCAAGCAGCCCCUUAUAUAGUGUCAGGCACAGCUAGCUGUUGCCAGGGCAGAACAAACCUGGCUAUUGGGAUGGAACUUAGACAGAAUACCAAUAUAUAUGAAUACACUGUCGCUGUCUUCAGACAUACCAGAAGAGGGCAUCAGAUCCCAUUACAGAUGGUUGUGAGCCACCAUGUGGUUGCUGGGAAUUGAACUCAGGAUGUCUGGAAGAGCAGUCAGUGCUCUUAACCACCGAGCCAUUUCUCCAGCCCUGUUUCAAUGUUUUAUAGCACCCUGCACCGCCGUCAUAAGGAACUAGCUGCUGUGGAUGGGCUACACACACACACACACACACACACACACACACACACACACACACACACACACACGAAAAGGCUGUCAAUCCCACUGGAAAGACAGUAGGGUUAGGGCGCGGUAUAUGUGGAGGAGCUUUUCAGAUUCCUUUUCUGUGGCCACACGUAUGCUUACAGAAACACAUAUCCUCUCACUCCAUGAGUGCCUAUCCAUACCCUUCAUCAGCUCAAUCCGAGUUUUCACAGAGGCAAGCUAUCCUUUUUGGUAACCACCUCCCUUUUUUUUCUUUAAUGUUUGAGACGGGAACUCACAUAGCCAGGCUCCAUCUCCCUUUGUAACCGAGGGUGACCUUGAACUCCUGACCCUCCUACCUGUGCCUUACAAAUGCUGGAAUUACAGGUUUGUUCCACCAGGCCCAGCUUUGGCAAACAUUAUUAAAUUCUGAAUCAAGAGUGUCAGACUCACAGAACGCUGAGAACGCUGCCUCUUGAGAAGUCCUUCCUCCCUCCCUCCCCGCCUUUAGUGCAGCAUGGUUGGGCAUUAUUAAAAAGAGCUGGCUCAGCAGGUGGAGAUAUUUGCCAUCAAGCCUGAUGACUUGAGUUCUAGCCCUGGGAUCCACAUGGUGGAAGGAGAGUCUUCCCUCCAAGCCCGAUGACCUGACUUCUAUCCCUUUGGCCCUCUGAUCUCCACAUGUGCCCCAUGUCACCAAUUCACAAGUCGAGUUCGAUUAAAAAGACUUUCUCCCACCUGAUGCAAACGGGUGCUGCCAUUAUGUAAGUGAUCAUGCGGUCACUGACUCAGUGCAGGCCACCUGAGGCAAGGACAGAUUUCCUGAGUGCUUGUCCACUGGGAGUGGUGAAUGGCAGGUUCCUCCCAUCCUUUUUCUGGAACUCCAUUAUGUGCUGACUCAUCCAGAGGAGGAAGUCAGGCCCUCUCCCUUCCUAAACACACUGACAAGGUCAAUGAAGAGGUUGGUUUCGAGGAGGCAAAGCUCCCUUGUAGGAGUACAAUAAACAGCACUUUGAAGGCCUGGCUUCAAUCCCCAACAGCACAGAAAGUGUCUAACCUCCAGAGUGCGUCUGUUGUCUGUUUCCUGCAUAUCUCGUCUGAGAACUCUGUUCUUCUGUUUCGAAUGGAAGAUCUGAUCAAAACUGUGGGCCCACUAUCCACAGUGGGUGAGAAGGGGGGAUGGGGCAGGGCUAAUGUUUGUUGUUUUGUCUCACGUUUUGUUAAGAGAUUGCUGGGUGUGAAACCCACGGCCUGGUGUGUAUUGCACAAGCACUGUGUCACCAAGCUGUACCCUCCAGCUCACUCUCACAAAUUUUGGGUCUCUGAAGUUCAUCCUCAGAUCUUAGGUCAAGAACCUAGUAUCGGGUGUACCCCCUAGAUUUUUCGCCUUUUGAUGUUGUUGCUGGCUUCUGGAAUUGUUACGGGGAAGUGGGGUUUCAGUCUGUAAGUUCUAAGAGCCUUAGGGACAGACUUUGAAGGAAGUUUGGAAGGACUGUUUUACUAUUUUAUUAGUAUCUGGAAGAAAAACAACAGGGCAGGCAAGCUGUAAAUCCUGGCAGCUUGGAGAAGAGGAGGAAAGGUUUGAGAUAGGGUCAGCAACGACCUGUAGAAGGCAGGGGAGGAGUCUUUUCAAAAAACAAAGCUCGGAGUGUAAAGGCAACCAUGCUGAGAGUUUUGGCUGGCAUUCAAGUGAGAGGAGGAAGGAGGAAAUGGCAAAGUUAUACUUUUUGAGUUAAAACUCAGAAGAGCUGGCAGGCCUAGCAGAUACCGGUAUGCAAGUUCCUACAAGGACAGAAGAUAACUAUUCCUCCCAUUUCAUCUUUGUUGUUUCUGUUUUGUUCUUUUUUUUUUUUUUUUUUUUUUCUUUUUCUUACGGAGCUGGGGACUGAACCCAGGGCCUUGCGCUUGCUAGGCAAGCGCUCUACCACUGAGCUAAAUCCCCAACCCGUUGUUUCUGUUUUUAGAGACAGGGUUUCUCUGUGUAGCCCUGGCUGUCCAGGAACUAGCUCUGUAUUUACCUCUGCCUCCCAAGCGCUGGGAUUAAAGCCAUCACCAUGCCCAGCUUCCUCCAUUUUUUUUUUUUUUUUAAUUGUCUUUAGGUGAAUCAGUUUUCCUCAGGAGUGGUCCUGGCCAAAUGUUGUCAGGCCCAAUUAGAUUCCCCACCGCUUUUAAUUCUUAAUUUUAAACUCAAGGAUCAUUUUAUUAGAAUUUAAUUAGAACAACAACAACAAAAAAAAAAAAAAAGCCAGCAAGAGACCGGGGCAGGCAAGCUGUAAAUCUCUGUAGCUCCUGGGAGAGAGGUUGGUGGAGAAGAAAAGCGAAGACAUGUCUUUUUGAGUUAAGGUCCAACAAAGCUGGCAGGCUCCAGGGGAGGUUGGCUGGCAAGGAGCUGCCUGGAAGGGUAAGGUUUCAGAGAGACCUAGAGAAAAGCCAUGAGUACCAGGGCAAGCAUGCUCAUGACGGGCUGGUAUCAGAAGAUAUAGAGAAGUUAUGAGCUUCCAGCUGGAUUCAUCCACGAGGGAGGAGACAACCAUAUGUAAUAUUCUGGUUCUUGAGGUGGGUGGGAUGAAAUGUUCCACCCAAGGCCACAGACAGAACUUACUUAGAGUCUAUUCUUUUUAAGGUUUAUUUAUAUGAGUACACUGUAACUAUCUUCUGACACACCAGAAGACGGCAUCGGAUCCCAUUACAGAUGGUUUUGAGCCACCAUGUGGUUGUUGGGAAUUGAACUCAGGACCUCUGGAACAGCAGUCAGUGCUCUUAACUGUUGAGCCAUCUCUCCGGCCCCCAAGUCUAUACUUUUGACCUGGAGAAAGCAGCUUCCCCUAAAAGGGCCUCAGCAAAGUUCUGAUACUUCUGCCUUCUUGUAAGGUAUUUUGCACCUUAAGAAGGCUUUUUUGAGGGUUGGGGAUUUAGCUCAGUGGUAGAGCACUUGCCUAGCAAGCGCAAGGCCCAGGGUUCAGUUCCCAGCUCCGAAAAAAAAAAAAAGGCUUUUUUGUACACACACACACGCACACACGCACACACACACACGAUGUCAUGUGUGCAGGUCAGAGGAUAACUUGCCAGGUGUCAUUUCUGUCCUACCACGUGAACACAGGCACCUUUAUGCCCUGAGCCAACUCACCUGCCCUGGUAUUUUGACUCUUAAGGAGAAGCAUUUGUGACAUAGCCAGUUCUUGAGUUACUGGGGAAACAGGAGGUGAGAGCCAUGCUGAUUAUGAGGGAACAGGCUAUCAGAAUCAGUCUCAUUAUAUAGCCCAGGCUGACCCAGAGCUCAGAGCUCUGACAUCUGCUUCCCCAAUUGCUGGAAAGCCAUCAUGUCCAGGCUUCUUUCUUCUGCUGACGAUGUGGGCUAGCUCAAGGCUAUCUAGGAAGUUUGUAGCACAAAGUUCGACUAGACUCAGACCCAAAUAAACCUCUGUCUAGGGUGGCCUUGGAGUUAAGACUUGUGUGGCUUGCUGUAGUACACAUACUUAGAACCCUCACACUUGAGAGGCAGAGACUAAGGAAUCACACAUUUCAGGGCAGCCUCAACUAUAUGUUGAGUUCCAGAACAGCCAGACCUACAGAGUGAGGCCCUGUCUCAAAAACAAAUAGGACCUGGGAGAUGGCUCAUUUGGAAGUGCUUAGGUCUCAAGCUUGAGGACUUGAAUUGACCAUGUGCUCACUAUCCAUUGUCUCCUCCCUCCUUCCCCCCACUACUCCUCCUCAACCCCUUUCUCCUCUGGGUCCCUACCUGAGACCCCUAGCCCAGUAACUGAAACCCUGACCGCCUCUAUUCUCCUCAGUCAUUGGCUGUAGCCACUUUUAUUUAACCAAUAGCUUUAAAUCAGGGAGCCAGUAGCAUUACCUGGUGUAAGUGAGGAUCUGCUUGUUGGGGGCAACCAGAUCUUGGGAGCUGGUAUUUAGCAUUUGAAUACAAAGCAGCACCACACCAACCCCCAACAUGUUGUACACCCAGGAAGGCUAGAAGAGGGCAUCAGACACUGCCACUAAGAACCAGAGGUACAGAUGACAGUGAACCACCAUGUGAGUGCUGUGAAUCAAACCCAGGUCUCAAACUGCAUCAGUGCUCUUAGCUGCAAAGUCAUUUCUCCAGCCCCCACUGGUGCCUCUGGUAGGUGACAGAGUAGGAGGGCAGGGGUAAGCAUAGGGUGGUAUGAAAAUGUGGGCCAGGUGAGUAGUCAGAAUCACACCGUAAAAGUUGGAUGAUGGUGACACACGCUUUUAAUCCUAGCACUUGGGAUGCAGAGGCAGGUGGAUCUCUGAAUUCUAGGACAGCCAGGGCUACACAGAGAAACCCUGUCUCAAAAACAAACAAGACUUCCCACCUUUCAGGUUUGGGAAUGAAGCUAAUGGAGUAGAGUGCUCACCUAGUAUGCAUGAGGCCUUGGGUUUGAUUACCGCACUGAAGGAAAAAUAAAUGCUUUUCAGCUGGCAAUGAAUGGUGCCCGACAUGAUUUUCACAGUACCCGGGGCUACUUAACGGAGAAAAGGAAGAAACAAACAUACAUAACAAAAGGAAAUAGGCGGACAUACGGAGACAUUCCAAUAAAUCAAGCACUGUGACAGCAGAGGCAGAGAGGGAAGGAGGAAAGAAUGCAUUGUUUCCUCUAACCCCCAACUUAAUAAUCCAGGACGGGAGAGAACUGGUCAGAGUUCCUGCUUGGAAGAGAGAAGAUACUGCUCUCUCCCAAAGAACCAACAAAACACAUUCAGUGGCUCACAACUGCCUCUUCGGCUGUCUCCCACAACAAAUGUCUCCACACACACACACACACACACACAAGUCUUGGAUGGGUCUGGCAAUAAAGGUGCUUUGAACCUGACAACCUGAGUUUGAUCCCCAGCGUCCACAAAAGAUAAGAAGAGAACCGACUUCCACAAUUUGUCCUCUGACUGCCACAUGGGCCAUGGCACGUGUACCCACAUUAAAUAAAAACACAAAAUCCCUGGAGUGCUUGUAUAACAUGUAUAAGGCCCUGGGUUGGAUAUCCAACACUGCAUAAACCUGGUGUGGAACUUUUUUUUUUUUCUUUUUCUUUUUUUUUCGGAGCUGGGGACCGAACCCAGGGCCUAAGCGCUCUACCACCUAGCUAAAUUCCCAACCCCGGAAAUUCUUGACUAUAAUGUGCAUCCUCCGCGCCCCCCCCCCCAAUGUCCCUGGAGCUACAAGUCGGGCUACUAUGAAGUAUAAAACAGUAUUUUCUUGAUAUUGAAAAUGAGAAGUUUGUUCCCAAACAGGACAUGUCGCUCUCUUAAGGAACAGAAAUGUCAAGGGUACUCUGAGAGGACUACAGGAAACUCUGAGAAACACCGGAGGAGCCAAGCCCUUAGAGGCAGGGUUUCCUAGGAAAUGUUGAUGCUAAGGCUAAACGGACCAUGACCCUUUACACACACACUGCUCACUCUUUCUCAUCGCCAUAACAAACUUGCCUUCCACUGUCUUCUACCUUUAUUAGACUUUUGUUUAUGCAGUCUUGCUUCUCCAUACGUAGUCUGGUGGAUUCCAUAGCAAAACAAACGAAGGGGUAUGUCAAGCAGAAACGUAACAGCUUGUUUUAACCAUAUUAUGAGGUCAUAAAGGCCCUACAGCCCAGGAUGAGGCAAACUCAAUAAAUAGUUGCCUGCCCAAUUUAAAACGGGGUUAACUCCGAAGAGGGAGUAGAAGAAAAUGAGUCAGGACAGAGGGGUGAGCUGAGCUCCUUGGCAUGGUGUCCUCACAGAACGAAACGUGGGCCAGGCAGCUCCGAUGAGCCAAACUGGUACAACAAUCUCCAAAGUAGGGCUCCGGACCUGUGGCCCAACGGACCGAGGCCGAAGGGGAGCGGCAGCCGGCGGCAGGAGAAUGGUGCAGAAGGAGAGCCAGGCGGCGCUGGAGGAGCGGGAGAGUGAGCGCAACGCCAAUCCUGCCUCCGUCUCGGGGGCUUCGUUGGAGCCGUCUGCAGCUCCGGCCCCCGGAGAAGACAACCCCUCGGGAGCUGGGGCGGCGGCCGGGACCGGGGCGGCCGGCGGGGCCCGCAGGUUCCUGUGCGGUGUAGUGGAAGGGUUUUAUGGAAGACCUUGGGUUAUGGAGCAGAGAAAAGAGCUCUUUAGAAGGCUUCAGAAAUGGGAAUUAAAUACAUACUUGUAUGCUCCGAAGGAUGACUACAAACAUAGGAUGUUUUGGCGAGAGAUGUAUUCAGUGGAAGAAGCUGAGCAACUUAUGACUCUCAUCUCUGCUGCACGAGAAUAUGAGAUAGAAUUCAUCUAUGCUAUUUCUCCAGGAUUAGAUAUCACUUUUUCUAACCCAAAGGAAGUAUCAACAUUGAAACGCAAAUUGGACCAGGUCUCCCAGUUUGGGUGCAGGUCAUUUGCUUUGCUUUUUGAUGAUAUUGAUCAUAACAUGUGUGCAGCAGACAAAGAAGUGUUCAGUUCUUUUGCACAUGCACAAGUUUCCAUCACAAAUGAAAUCUAUCAGUACCUGGGAGAGCCGGAAACCUUCCUCUUCUGUCCCACAGAAUACUGCGGCACUUUCUGUUAUCCAAGUGUAUCUCAGUCUCCUUACUUGAGGACUGUGGGUGAAAAGCUGCUACCUGGAAUUGAGGUGCUUUGGACAGGUCCAAAAGUUGUUUCAAAAGAAAUUCCAGUAGAAUCUAUUGAAGAAGUUUCUAAGAUCAUUAAGAGAGCCCCAGUGAUCUGGGAUAACAUUCAUGCUAAUGACUAUGAUCAGAAGAGGCUGUUUCUGGGUCCCUACAAAGGAAGAUCCACAGAGCUCAUCCCACGGUUGAAGGGAGUGCUGACUAAUCCAAAUUGUGAAUUUGAAGCCAACUAUGUUGCCAUCCACACCCUUGCCACUUGGUACAAGUCAAACAUGAACGGAGUGAGGAAGGACGUGGUGAUGACUGACAGUGAAGACAGUACUGUCUCAAUACAGAUAAAGUUAGAAAAUGAAGGCAGUGAUGAAGACAUUGAGACUGAUGUGCUCUACAGUCCACAGAUGGCUUUAAAGCUGGCCUUAACUGAGUGGCUGCAGGAGUUCGGUGUACCGCAUCAGUACAGCAGUAGACAGGUUGCACACAGUGGAGCUAAGACAAGCGUAGUGGACGGGACUCCCUUGGUUGCAGCACCUUCUUUAAAUGCCACAACUGUAGUUACAACAGUUUACCAGGAGCCCAUUAUGAGCCAGGGAGCAGCUUUGAGUGGUGAGCCCUCAGCUCUGACCAAGGAAGAAGAAAAGAAACAGCCAGAUGAGGAACCCAUGGAUAUGGUGGUAGAGAAGCAAGAAGAGUCAGAGCACAAGAGUGACAACCAGAUACUAACUGAGAUCGUCGAAGCUAAAAUGGCAGAGGAGUUGAAACCAAUGGACACUGAUAAGGAAAGCAUAGCCGAGUCAAAAUCCCCAGAGAUGUCUAUGCAGGAAGACUGCAUUAACGACAUCGCUCCUAUGCAGACAGACGAGCAAGCAAACAAAGAGCAGUUUGUGCCAGGUCCAAAUGAAAAACCUUUGUACGCUGCAGAACCAGUGACUCUGGAGGAUUUACAGUUACUUGCUGAUCUCUUCUACCUUCCUUAUGAGCAUGGACCCAAAGGAGCACAGAUGCUACGGGAGUUCCAGUGGCUUCGAGCAAACAGUAGUGUUGUCAGUGUCAAUUGCAAAGGGAAAGACUCUGAAAAAAUUGAAGAAUGGCGGUCACGAGCAGCCAAGUUUGAAGAAAUGUGCGCACUAGUGAUGGGGAUGUUCACCCGGCUCUCCAACUGUGCCAACAGGACAAUCCUUUAUGACAUGUACUCCUAUGUGUGGGAUAUCAAGAGUAUAAUGUCUAUGGUGAAGUCUUUUGUGCAGUGGUUAGGGUGUCGUAGUCAUUCUUCAGCACAGUUCUUAAUUGGAGACCAAGAACCCUGGGCCUUUAGAGGUGGUCUAGCAGGAGAGUUCCAGCGUUUGCUGCCAAUUGAUGGAGCAAAUGAUCUCUUUUUCCAACCACCCCCACUGACUCCUACCUCCAAGGUUUAUACUAUCAGACCUUAUUUCCCUAAAGAUGAGGCUUCCGUGUACAAGAUUUGCAGAGAAAUGUAUGAUGAUGGAGUGGGUUUACCUUUUCAAAGUCAGCCUGACCUUAUUGGAGACAAGUUAGUAGGAGGACUGCUUUCCCUCAGCCUGGAUUACUGUUUUGUCCUCGAAGAUGAAGAUGGUAUUUGUGGUUAUGCCUUAGGCACUGUAGAUGUGACCCCCUUCAUUAAAAAGUGCAAAAUUUCCUGGAUUCCCUUCAUGCAGGAGAAGUAUACUAAGCCAAAUGGAGACAAAGAGCUCUCAGAAGCUGAGAAAAUAAUGUUGAGUUUCCAUGAAGAGCAGGAGGUAUUACCAGAAACUUUCCUUGCCAACUUCCCUUCUCUGAUAAAAAUGGAUAUUCAUAAAAAGGUCACUGACCCAAGUGUUGCCAAAAGCAUGAUGGCUUGCCUCCUGUCUUCACUAAAGGCCAAUGGUGAGCACAAGUUGUGGGGCUGUAGUCUGUCAGCAAGACUUUAUUAUUUUUAUACUUAUUUGUGGGCAUGUACAUGCAUGGGCGUGUAUUCAUUGAGGACAUGGGGGAGCCGAUUCCUUUACAUGUGGGUCCUGGGGCUCAGACUCAGGUUGGCAGACUUAUAUUAGUAGCUAGCUGGUCCUUUUACUCACUGAACCAACUCACCAGCCCUAUUAUCUUUUAAAGCGUUUAAUUUAGUUUUGGCCUUUUGCAACAAGGUCUUGUAUGUGUUCACUCAAUCUGGCUUAGAAUCCCACAGUUUUCUGUUAGCGCCUCCUGAGUGCUAAGAUUACCUGUGCGACCAUGUCUGGCCUUAGCCAGAUUGAGAUUUAUUGAAAUUUAUGAGUCUAGUCACUCAACGCAAUCCCAAAACUCAAGAAACUAAGGCACUAGGGGGCUGGGGAUUUAGCUCAGUGGUAGAGCACUUACCUAGGAAGCGCAAGGCCCUGGGUUCGGUCUCCAGCUCCGAAAAAAAGAACCAAAAAAAAAAAAAGAAACUAAGGCACUAGGAUGGCUGCGUGUGCCAGGCCAGCUAGUGGUGAGGAUGACAGUGGCACUAGAUGAGAGAAGAAGGUUCAUUGGGUAGGGCCCUUGCUUCACAGAAGUGCAGGUCUGAUAACGUGAAUUCAAUUCCCAGAAUCCACAUUAACGUGGGAGGUGAGAAUGGACUUGACAGAAGUUGUUUUUAACGAUUUAUUUAUUUUAUGUAUAUGAGUAUACCGUAGUUGCUGUCUUCAGACAAACCAGAAGAGGAUAUCUAUCAGUUCCGAUUUACAGAUGGUUGUGAGCCACCAUGUGGGUGCUGGGAGUUGAUUGAACUCAGGACCUGUGGAAGAGUAAUCAGUGCUCUAAACUGCUACCCAUCUCUCCAGCCCCAGAAGGCUUUUUGUUUUUUUUGUUUUUGAUUUUUUUUUGUUUGUUUGUUUUUGAUAUAUUCAUAAAUCAUAUAUACUCAUGGCCUGAGUUCAGUCUCCAGAAGGAACCAACUCCACAGAGUCAGCAUCUGGCCUCCAUAAUAAGCCUAGGCUCCAUGUUUUUCCCAUUUACAUUGUUGUCCCUGUCCCCGUCCUGUCCCCCACCCCCACCUCAUGGGUGUGGGUGUGUUGGGGGUGUGGGAUCUCUAUUGCCCAGAUUACCCUCAAAUUCUGGGGCUCAAGCUAUCAUCUGCCUUGUCUGUCCUCUUAAGUAAUUCGGGUCUGCACCUACUGUGUCUGGCUUGUUGCUCGUUUAUUUAGAAUUACUAAGUGGUGCAAGAGUUCAGUGCAUUGACCCUUGAAAAGGGCUGCUCUGCUGUAACAUUAACACUAGUUCAGAGCCUCAUCAAUUGAAUGAGAAAUGAACACAUGAGAUAAUUUAUUCUGUUCAGAAGCCUGUAAAUGGUUGAAGAUUAAAUAAACCUGACGAAAAAACUUUGUGCAGCUUUUGUUGGAGUGUAUUAUCUAUGUGGAGUUUUCAAAAAUUCCUUGCUUCACCAUUAAUACUUUGGGGAAAAAUCUAUAUAGGGCAAGAUGAUGUUCUAGGCUCUAAGUGCCACAGAUAGUAUUCCUUGAAUAUCUUUUCAGGCAGCCUUUAAAAAUGUAAGAACACAUUUUAAGACUGAACAUUGUGUAGUAUACAUGAUCUCAGAAUGUGAGAAUCUGAGGUAAGAUUAAAAUGGCUAGUCCAGGAUUCAUGGUGAGAAUCUGACUCUAACAGUUUAGCUCUAAGCUGGUAGGAAAGUGAGUAGUUUGUCAGCCAUUUUCAGAGUUAGAGGUCUGGUAAUGUAGCUCAGUGGUAAAACACUUACCAAGCAUGCACAGAGCACUGUCCACCCAAUCCCCAAAUUGUUUUUACAUUUUUAUACCAUAGGAGAUUGAAUCUAUGUAGGGCCUCAGUAGGAAGACACACAGAACUGUCUCUCUAGACUUUUUUUUCCUUUUUGUCCUUUUUUCUUUCGGCUUUUUGUUGUUGUUGUUGUUGUUGUUGUUGUUGUUGUUUGUUUUGUUUUUAAAGACAGUUUCUCUCUGUAGCCCUGGGUGUCCUGUAACUCUGUCCCGCCUCUGCCUCCCGGGCAGUGGGUCUAAGGGGGCAUGUAGAGCUGGCCUCAUCCAGGAAGAGUUUUUUACUCACUGUUGGCUAAGUAUUAAGAAUUUUAAAGUAGUGCUGGAGAGAUGGCUCAGCAGUUAUAACUGACUGCUCUUCCAAAGGUCCUGAGUUCAAAUCCCACCAACCACAUGGUGGCUCACAACCAUCUGUAAUGGGAUCUGCUAUGUUUGAAGACAGCUGCAGUGUACUCACACAUAACAUAAAUCUUUAAAACAAUUUUUAAAGUCAGGUUUGGUGGCAUGUACAUUUAGUACCAGUACUGAGGCAGGUGGAUUUCUUAAGUCAAAGUCGGCCUGCUAUUCUGAGUUCUAAGCCAGCCAGGGCUACAGAGUGAGACCCUAUCUAAAAAACAAAAAAAUACUUUAAAAUAUUGUUGGGCUGGGAAUAUAGUUAGUGCCCUAUUACCACAAAGUAAAUGAAAGCUGUAAUAGGAAAUUUAGGG